AUGGCCUCUUUCAUAUUUUUAUUUUUCUGUAUAUGUUUAAAGGGUGCAAACAGCUAUGGGCAGCUGGGCCUUGGUCAUAAAGAGGAUGUGCUGUUGCCUCAGUCUCUGAAAGUUUUCUCCUGCAAACAUCAAAACAUUAAGAGCAUUGCUGGAGGAGGAGGACACUCUGCAGUUAUUACUGGUGCAGGAGAACUCUUUGUAUGUGGCCAAAACAAAGAAGGACAGUUGGGACUCAAUCACACUGAGGAUGUCCUGUGUUUUACUUCAUGCACUGCACUGUCUAGUGUUUGUGUGAUACAAAUAGCCUGUGGCUGGGAUUUUACAAUCAUACUUACUGGAAAUGGCCAAGUUUUAUCCUGUGGGUCUAACUCUUUUGGACAACUAGGAGUCCCUCAAACUUCAGGAGGAUGUUUGAUCCCACAAAAGAUUGAGUCCCUCACAGAGAAGGUGGUGAAUGUUGCUGCGGGACUCAGACAUGCUCUUGCUGCUACAGAAAGCGGCAUGGUGUUCCAGUGGGGAACAGGCAUGGCUUCUCGGGCAAACCGGGCAAGCCAAGGGAAAAUGAUCCCAUCCUUCUUGACAGCAAAAGAACCUUGUAAAGUAUCAGGUCUGGAAGAUGUAAAGGUGAAAAAAGUUACUGCCAGCUCCUACCAUUCAGUGUCACUUACAGAUGAAGGAGAAUUGUGUGUUUGGGGUAGCAACAAACAUGGGCAGCUAGUGAGUAAAGAGACUUUUCUUGUUGAGCCCCAGAAAAUAGAUGCUCAUUUUUUCUUGGGGGAAAAAAUUGGAGUGGUCUGGAGUGGAUGGACACACAUAGUGGCACAAACAGAAACUGGCAAGGUCUUCACAUGGGGUAGAGCAGACUAUGGGCAACUCGGAAGGAGUGUAGUGGUUCACGAAGGACAAAGACAAGAGGUGCAGAGAUCAUCUGAGCAGCAUUUGGAGCAGUUGUCUAAUGUGCCAGUUUCAGUACCUUGCCUCGCUGGAGCAUCUCAGAUUGCAUGUGGCUCAGAGCAUAAUCUGGCAGUAGUUGAUGGUCAUUGUUUCUCCUGGGGAUGGAACGAACAUGGGAUGUGUGGUGAUGGCACAGAAGCAAAUGUUUAUGCCCCGAAGCCAAUCGUAGCUCUUGGUUCUGCAAAACCAUUCUUAAUUGGAUGUGGGGCAGGACACUCUAUGGUUCUUUGUCAGAUUCCAGGUUAGACCUUACACGCAGGAAGCCAUAGCCAUGUGAAUUUGGACAUCUUUGCAUCGAGCUCUUCAGAAGCAUUGUGAGAGAAUUAUUUAAUACUGGCAUAACAGCCUGAUGGUAUAGAAGAAAAUAAGGGUAAAAAACUCCUUUGUUCUGAACCCAGAAUUUCAAAGAAAUGAGCUAAUGUGCUGAGAAAACUGUUUAAUAAAGACAAUGUUUAUAAAUAUA